CACAUCUGCGCUCCAGUAAGGCGUGGUCGCUCGGUUCUGACAGGUGGCCCCGGAUCUGCUCUUUCUCCUGCAACUCGGCGCGUUUUACACAACUGCAGCAAGAUGCCAAAGUGCCCAAAGUGCCAGAAGGAGGUUUACUUCGCCGAGAGGGUGUCGUCGCUGGGGAAGGACUGGCACCGGCCAUGUCUGAAGUGUGAGAAGUGCAACAAGACCCUGUCGGCCGGCUCACACGCGGAGCAUGAGGGCAAGCCGUACUGUAACAACCCCUGCUAUGCUGCAUUGUUUGGACCUAAAGGAUUUGGACGUGGCGGUGCUGAAAGCCACACCUACAAAUAGGCAGAGUGAGGCAUCGCCGUGGAAAAGCUUUGUGGGAACAAGAUGGAAGAAACCAAACCUCUCAAACGAUAGAAAACCUCUAAACAAAUUAUUCGCUUCCACGCAGGAACCAAUUUGAAUUGCAUUUGCUUUUUGUUUUAUCUGUUUUGGACCAUUUUUUUUUUUAUUUUGUAAUUUUAUGUUUAGUUAUGGGGCCAUUGUCCUUUGGCUUCAGCUAGUUUAAUUAAACAUUUUAUGAAAUUUG